GGAAACUGGGCCAGGAAAAUGUCUCGAGGCCAAGCUCCAACCCAGUCCUGUCUCCCUUCUCCAACACGACCCCCAGUCCUGGCUCCGGGAGGUCUCUGGGUUUGGGGAUAGGCAACAUCUCCAGGUCCAGUUCUAGCACGGACCAGUCUCCACCCCCAAGUCCAGCCUCCAGGAAGACCAUGACCAUGGCAAUGGGCAAUACCAAUGAGGCCUUUAAUUCUACUUUGGCCAACAAAACUACUUCAGACUCCAACAUCGCCAGACCCAACUCACUCAUGGCCCUUGCACCCAUCACCUGCAUGUCCCUGGUGGUCGAUGACAGCCAGGGCAAGAGAGCCGAUGCAGGCUGCAUCCUAACGGACGUUUCCUGUGUGACCCUGACAAUCAGCCAGGGUGAAUCAGAAGACUUCAGGAUGCCCAUGAGGUGUAACAACAGGACAACAGAACUCAAGAGGAAAAUGGAAAAGUCUGUCCCUGAAGACACCUACACCUAUCAGACCGCAUCUGACGAGAAUAAGACUGCCCCCGAGGGACCUAAAGAGCAGCUGGACCUGGAUGAAGACAAGAGACAGCUGAUAAAGAAGACCAUGAAGCAGAUCCAGGAGGAGCCCAUGGAUACACUCUCCAGUCCUAGCCGGCAGCAGGCCUUGGUGGCCCUGGCCCAGCUGAGUCCCAUCCGGCCGUGCCUGCGAGCAAAGGAGAGAAAGGAGCUGGUGGCCGUCUGCGUGAGGAGUGUGUUCUCCUUACCCUCGGUGCAGACCAUGCAGGAGGAGGACAGACCCAAUGCUGACUUUAUACAGAUGUUGUAUUCUCAGACACUGGAUGCCCUUCAGACAUUGCUGAACUCUCUUUUCUUAGAAGAUCCUAGCCCAGCUGGCCUAAGUAGCCUUUUGGAGCCCCUGGGACCCUGGAUGACCUCUGCAAAGGCCCAUGAGAGAGCCCGAGCAGUCAACAGCAAUGUCUUCUUGCUGAACCUCGCACUCCAGACCCAGCUCUUCUUCACCAGCUUCGUAGAUCAGGUCUCGAGCAUGUCUACGCAGCCAAAGGGACAGCUGACUUUCGAGCACAACCGAGGCCACUAUUCUACAAUAUUUGGCUUCCCCAUGUUUGGUCUUCUCCUUGGACGGCUCAUUCUUCGUAUAUGUGACCCAGAGGAAGAGAUUGGCCAUGAAGCCCUGGAUGGCGUCAUCAUCCUUUACACGAUCCUGGAGCUCCAGAAGAGGAACAUAGAUAAGGAGGAGACCAACAAACUUGAACUGUACAAGAGUAGCAAGCGAUUUCUGGGCCCCUACAACCCCGUCAGCCCUUGCCAAAACAUCUUGAGAGUGAUCGCGGAAUUUGGAGACUUUCUCAGACCCCAACAGGUGAAAGAUCUACUUCUGGCUGCCCUGGAAGGCCUGAGGGAUGACCAGGAGACCCCUUCAAAGGACACAGCGGAGAUGAUGCAAUUAGCUUCCGAGGUCACCCUGAGCUCCGUUCUGGAGUGGUAUAGAUACAGGGUAUUGGAGGUGAUACCAGAUAUCAUGAAUGGCAUCUAUAUGCAUCUAAGUUCCAUCCAUGAACCACGAGCCCGGGAAGUUGCCCUCUUGCCCAUCUCCCUACUGGCCAGUUCCUUCAUGACUGAGGUGGUCAUCGCUCUGCUCAUGUGUCCCCUCCCACUGGACAGCAAUGGGGCAGAGAUGUGGAGGCAGCUAAUUCUUCGGAAACCCAGCUGUGACAUUCGGGACCUUCUGGAGUUGCUCCUGACCAGCCUGAAGGAGAAGCCCAUCACCAAGAAGGGCAGGGCCUCCAUUAUACCCCUGGCGGCAGCCAGUGGCCUGUGCGAGCUCCUCUCUGUCAACAGCUGCAUGGGCCGAGUGAGGCGCAUUUACCCCCAGCUGCUCCUGGCUCUCUUGGUCCAGGUCCAUUACCACAUCGGCCUGAACUUGCCUAGCAACAAUUGUAGCUUCAAGGAUGGCCGGAGCUCCAUCUUUAUCCCUGUCUGCUGGGUGGUGAAGGUGGUCAAGACUCUUCUGUUGAAGAUGGGUUGCUCUUACGAAGCCGCCCUGCUGGAGAGCCAAGGCGGCUGGGAGCUCAUGGGUCUGGCUGAGCAUCACCACCGGGGCGUAUCUCUGCUGGCCAGGGCCAUGGUGCAUUAUUCCUGCCAAGAACUCUGUCGAGUGCUUUAUCUGCUGGUUCCACUCCUGGAAAGAGGGGAUGAGAAACACAAGAUCACCGCCACUGCCUUCUUUGUGGAGCUCCUUCGCAUGGAGCAGGUGAAGAGGAUUCCAGAGGAGUACUCCCUGGGCCGAAUGUCCCAGGGCUUGACCAACGAAGACCCCAUCAUGAAGGUGCUCUGUAUCAGGGGCUUGGUCCUUCUGGCCCACAGGUCAGAAAAGGUGAGAAAACUGAAGACUAAAGAGAUUAAGUCUUCAUUAGCAACGUCAACGUCCUCGACACAAAACACAGACCAAUUUUGUCGUGCCAAAAUCCAGGCUCUUCUGCCCUCCAUGAUGAAGGGCCUGCAGUGGGUGGAUGGCUUGCUGGCAGUGGAGGCCGUCAGCAACCUCAAGACCAUCCUGAAGUCUCAGAACAAGAAGUCCAAUGACGUCACCAUUUACCUGGAAAUCCUGCAGGUUCUCCAGCCUCACUUCAAUGACAACAGGGAGGAGGUGCGUUUGACGGCCAUCACCCUCUUUGGUAAGGUGGUCCGGCUGCUGCGGAGCCCCUGCAAGCCCCUCACAGAGCAGCAGUUGGUGAACUGCCUGGUACCUCUGAUCCUGCAGCUUCAGGAGGGGAACCCUGUCGUGGGCAAGAAAUGUAAGAAGACCUUGUCCUAUUGCUGCUACCACAUGGCUUGGGUCCUGCCAAAAAUGACGUACAGCAAAAAGCCAUGGGACAUCGGUCAGCAGACCAUGGCCAAGAUCUGCAAGUACUUGGUGAAUGCCCACCGAGACAGUGCCUUAGUGUUCCUGACCCAGAGCCUGGAAUAUACCAAAAGCCCUCGGGCUGCCCUCCGGAGGAGUGCAGUCACAUUUAUAGGGUCCCUGGUACCCUGCAUGGAGGGCAUGCUGACCGAAGAGAACCUAAAUGAAGUGAAGGCAGCCCUGGAGGCCCUGAGGCACGACCCAGAAGCAUCAGUGUGCAUCUUUGCAGCCCAAGCCCAGGAUCACAUUUUAGCCAGUUGCUGGCGGAGCUCCUGGCCCCUUCCCCGGGGAGACGCUUGGGUCUGCGACCCGGCCACCAACCACCGAUGGAACUCCAGCAAAGAGAACCUCCCUCUCAGCCAUCGCCGAAAGUCGUCGAUCUUGGACUCACUGAGGGCCUGGAAGAAGAGUUUAAAGUAGCCCUCGGCAGCUGCCCAGCCUGCCUGCUGGCACUAUAAAUGCUAGAUUGGGUAGCUGGUGUCUGCGUGUUCUUGCGAAAGGAGGGAGGAGGCCCUCAUUCUCGGGCUCGCGGUGCGAUAGACUCACAUUCUGUUGGGGGACGAAAUGUGCACACAUGAAGAGCAAGUCUAAAACUACGCGAAGUAUAAAGUAAUUUGGGGAGGAGGGGUCACUACCAACUUGGGAGGGGGGUUGCAUCAGGAAAGGCAUCAGGCUUCGAAGUAAAUUGGUGCAGAAAAGUGGGGACAGUCUUGGAGUGCAUUGGCGGUGAGGCACAC